CGUCAUUAGGUAGGCGAGAAGAGCGGUGAUAACAGUAUGUCAGAGAGCGGAUUGUGUGGAAAAGAUGCGUUCUCGAUAAUUCUCAAUAGUAUUCUGUUGCUACAAAUAGUUCAAUAAACGAUCGAUAAAAAGGAAAUACAAAACGUUUCCAAAUUAGAACAAAUUACAGUUGACUUUUAAGAUGGCCGCAGAGCGAUUUCAGCAAAUUGGACCACCAAGAGUCUAGAUAUCAUGGAAUCAACACAUAAAAUUCGAGAGCAGAAAACGCAGAAAACCAAUCGAGAAAACAUCGGGUCGAAAUCAAUCGUCACUGUUCGGUAAAAAUCGUGUACUACAAAGGUGUGGAAUAAUCAGAACUGCUACACUUCCAACGAUAAAUUCUUGGCCUUUCAUCCUUUGUCAUUCGUAUCCAGCCCAAAGCACGUCGAAAACAUGUUGGCCGGAAUAAAGAAUUUUUUCUAUCGUCAUCGGAGAAAGUUUAUCACGACCGGUGCUAUAUUGGGAGGUGGUGUUUUCCUUAUCAAAAUUAUCCAGUACAAAUUGCGACAGUUCCAGGAACAGCAGGCGAAAGAAAUAGCGGAACGCUUCAAGCGGAUGCAGCACUUUGAAUCCACAGAGAGGACAUGCAAUCAAACCAUUGUGGGCCUAUCGCCGACUGUGUCGGAGAAAGUGCAGAAGGAAUUGAACACGUCAGAAAUCCUGGAAAAACUUCGAUCAAAUCCGGAGAAUAAGCUGGAAUUAUGGGAAGAGCUGAAGGUUCUGGCGUUUGCCAAGAUCGUAACGUUAGUGUACGCAUCAUCCAUGCUGGCAGUAACGUUGAAAACACAGAUCAACUUGCUGGGUGGAUAUUUGUACAAGGACACAGUAGAACCGGUGGACAAGCAGGUGUCGGUCGACAUACAAACCGCAUAUCUGUCAAUGAUCCAAUACUUUAUGGCCGAUGGACAGGACAAGUUGAUAAAACUUAUAAAAAAUAACGUGGAAAUUGUGAUGCGAAGGUACAGCCUGAAGCAACAAUUGACACUCGCAGACGCUGAGACGCUUUUCUGGUCGAUUCAGUUGGCUCUAAAUAAUGACGAGCUCAGUCCAAUCAAGAAUAUAGCUAAAUUUGCUUUACCUCGAGAGGUCAACCGGAGUGAUAUUUUAAGUAAAAUGUACGAUGAAACGUUGGAUGUGUUGGAAAACACAGAAGUGGCAGACGUUUGUCUUUCCAACGUGUCAAGCGGCUUUUCUCUGAUUGUAGAUGAAUUGGCCGAAUACUAUUCGGAGGCUGAUCCAGGGCCAUCGCAGGAAAAGUCAAAAUCGGCGCUCAACGUGGAUUCACUAUCAAAUAUAAACGAAAUAAAAAUUUCACUCGCGAAAUUAAUUCCAAUCGUGAACGGACUCUCCACCCAUCACCUUGGCCACACAGCAGGAUCUAGUAGUAACGGUUUGAACGGUAUGGAUAAUCGGAAUGGUGACAUGAUGUCCUCACUUGUGGCACGGUUUAUGCAAUCGGAAAAACUGAAAACCCUCGGCACCAACGUUUACGAAACGUUCUGCCUGUGAAGUUCGAGCACUAUCAUUAUUCUGUACACACAUUCGGAGUUUCAUCCGGAGAUUCACAUUCGUGCAUUAGGAUUAAGGCUGUAGGUUUUGUUCAUAUAUACUUAUAUUUCCAGGGUGUGUAAAGUUUAAGUGGAAACAUUUUAAUCGCAGAUAAAUGCUAAGGUUUAUAAUGAUGUAUGGAAAAAUAAUUAAAAUAAAAA